CCAGAGGUCAUUUCUCUGUCCCAUGUGAAGAUUGCAGAAGCAGCUCGAGAUCAGUUCAGCGUUUACCUUCAUUCUGCACAAUAACUCAUCAUGAUCAACUGGCGGGCUUUGGACAAUGUUCCUCUGCUCCUCUACAUCCUAGCGGCGAAGACUCUGCUGUUGUGUUUGUUGUUUGCUGGAGCGAAGAUGUAUCAGAGUAAGAAAGCAGAAGCUGCUCUGAAAGAGCAGAUGGAGAUGAAGAGGAAACUCGCACAGAAAACACAGGAGCUCCUUGAUAACAAGAAGGACGACUGAGAUAACCAGGAGUGACGUCUUCUGGUGUUCCUGCUGUUGGACUCCACAACAUGGACUGCUGCAUGAGUCUUUUUUAUAGAAUGUUUUAAUUUAUUAUCUCUGACUUUUGUAAAUAAAGUUUUUGUAUGUA